AUGACCGAAUUACGUGAUCGCGACGCAGAUAAUCAAAAGGAAUUAAAAACGGCUACUUCUGCUUUGGCUUUAGCCACGCAUAGUGCAAGUUCUUUUGAGCACAAUCACAUUAUGCUGUCAACCGCAAUUGUUUACGCGUUCAACGCCGAUGGCUCAUUUGCCAACCGAAUACUUUGCGUAGGCCAGAUUAAAUCGUCUCCUAAGCACCCGACAUUGCAUAAAACUCGUUUCGGAUGGAUUCUAGCGGGACGACUAGGCAAUCCAGCUAAUUCAGGACAAAACGUGCAAUUCUUUGAAGUAUCGAUAACUAAUACACAACUACAGGAUCAAUUAUCUCGUUUUUGGCUAAUUGAGGAUGUCGUAGGAGGAUCAGACAAUUACACUUCCGAUGAAGCCUAUUGCGAGCAGCACUUCCUGCAAAACGUGUCUCAAACUCCACAAGGGAGACUCAUCGUAAAACUUCCGACGAGAGAACAAGUACUCAAUAGACUAGGAGAUUCUAGAGAAGGUGCCUUGAAACGAUUUUACAGUCUCGAGAAACGUUUUAGGCGCGAUCCUGACUUAAAAUUACACUACUCGCAAUUUAUAAAUGAGUAUUUAGCAAUGGGGCACAUGCGAUUGCUAGACGAGCAAGUCGACGACAAUUCAAGGCAUUUCUAUUUGCCUCAUCACUGCGUCUUCAAGUCCACACCGCAAUCCUCUAAAAUCCGCGUGGUUUUCGACGCUUCUAGCAAGAGUUCGACCGGCAUAUCCUUAAACGAUGCUCUUUUAGUGGGUUCAACCGUGCAACAGGAUUUGAUCUCCAUUAUGUUACGAUUUCGCACAUUUCGAUUUGUUCUUGCGUCUGACAUUAUAAAAAUGUACCGCCAGAUAAGGGUUCAUCCUUCUCAAACGCGUUUUCAGCAUAUUUUAUGGCGAAGCCACCCGGAAUCUAACGUCAAGGCCUUCGAGCUCAUUACUGUUACGUAUGGCACGUCUUCUGCUUCUUACCUGGCGACAAGAUGCCUCAAGUAUUUAGCUGAGCGACAUUCCGACAAGUAUCCAAUCGGGUCUAUUUGCGUCAAGCGCGAUUUUUACGUAGACAAUAUGCUCACGGGAGCUGACACGAUCAAUCAAAUAGAAUCAAUUCGCGACAAAACUAUUGAUCUGUUGCGACUAGGAGCAUUCGAGCUCAGCAAAUGGGCGUCCAAUUACCCGCAGUCGUUGGCGAAUCUCGGUGGUCAAAAUGCUAACGUCGUCACCAUUGAUGAUGGCACGAAUUCAUCCAUAUUAGGGAUUCAUUGGAAUCAGUCCAAGGACACAUUCCAUUUCUCUUACAAAUUUGACGACACUCUAGGCACAGUGUCCAAACAAGUCAUACUUUUAGAGGUGUCCAGACUGUUCGAUCCGUUAGGUCUCUUAGGCCCUGUAAUCGUUUUAGCUAAAUUAAUCUUACAAGAACUCUGGCAACUGGACACUCAUUGGGAUGAAUCAGUUACGCAAGACCUCCAUUCACGAUGGUCGAACCUCAAAUCACGACUAAUAGACAUUAAUCAGUUGUCUAUCCCGCGUUGCGUCAAGCUACGUUCGGAGCCGCGUUCUCUACAAAUCCACGGCUUCUGCGAUGCAAGUCAACGUGCAUACGGAGCGUGCGUGUAUAUACGCACAACCCUCGAGGGGGACGAGUAUUAUACCGAACUUCUUUGCUCAAAAUCUCACGUCGCUCCUCUCAAAGCUGUGCCUUUGCCUCGUCUCGAGCUAUCAGCAGCAUUGUUGCUAGCCAGAUUAAUCGAGAAAAUCAGGGAGUCAUUCGACUUAUCCGACAUGCAAACUUUCCUCUGGUCAGAUUCUACAAUAGUUUUGACCUGA